AUGACGACGAGCAGCAGUGUAAACGACAAGAUUGACUGCAAACAGACAGCAAGUUGCAAUGAGGCAUUGAAUGAUAUUACGAAUAUAAAGGAUUGUAAAAGUGUAUUGAGUAAAAAUAGUAAUACUGAAGUGUCGAAGAAAACUGGAGGUUCUUCUUUUUCUACUGGGAUUGAAAAUAAUGUGUUUCGUCGACAUGGGAAAUUGAAGUCUAGAGUUCCCCUUCAUAAAUCGAUAUUUAAGAAGCCAAUAGAUGGACAACAGAAGAAACAAUUGGAAUUGAAAUUGAGAACCAAGUUUGCAUCACCAACUGAUAGUAUCUUGUCACCAUGUUCGCAAAAGCUGAAUGAUUAUCAAUCUGUUUUGUGUAAGAUAAGAUCAAAUCCUACUAAGCUAGCUUUCACUAAGAAAAGUGAUGACGAAGAUCCAGAAGAACAAAUGAGUUUCAAAGUCCUGAAAGUGGACAGAGAUGGUGAUAUUGAUAUAGAGCACUCAGAUAGUGACCUAUCAGUAUAA